AACGACACAACCCAAAUCAGUGAGAUCUUCCGUCCGCAGCCACUUUGGCUCAAGGCAUUUUCGGAUCAAGUUUGCCGCCCAAGGCAAACGCCGAAAACUACACACAUGUUGAUACCUUCAGACCUCAUUUCGUACAAGUUCGGAUCGGGCUGAUGAGCAUGCUAGUGAAACUCGCCACCGCGUUUUUGGCAGUCUCAGGGGCAAACGGGAAGGACUUCGACUCCUGCCUGAUGCAGAUGGCUGCAAGCCCGACUCAGGCUACAACCGUCGAGCGGCCACUCGCGGAUACCUAUGUUCAGUCCUGCCAGUCAACGAAUUAUGGUACCCAGCAGGUGUUGGUCAACAAGCGCUACUCCGACGGCUGGUGCGGCACUCGAUACUCGUUCUUGCAAUUCAGCGUUCCUUGCGAUGCUCAGGAUGCAACGCUCCUGCUGUGGCCGACUGACUAUCCUGCUGGUACCUUUCCAAAGGUGGCCGUCUUCACGGUGCAGAACGCGUGGUCGGAAAGCACCACUAUUUGGUCCAACCACCCUGGCUGGCAGGAGCAGGUUUGCGAUUAUCAGACAUACCCAGGCCCAGUCGGGCAGGCGUUCGCAUGCACCGUUCCACAGGCGAAACUCGCCGGUAAGAACACCAUCUCGUUUGCGUUGGUUGCAGAAUGGAUGUGGGCGGGGGGCAGUAGUUUUUGGUCUCGCGAAGCCCUCGACGAGAGCACCAGACCGUCGCUGGUGUUCCACUGUCCUACUGCAGCACCCACGACGGCCCCGACGAGCAGCCCGACCUCGUCCCCGACGCCCAGUCCGACGAGCAGCCCGACAAGCAGCCCGACCUCCAGUCCGACCGCGUCCCCGACGUCCAGUCCGACGAGCAGCCCGACCUCCAGUCCGACCGCGUCCCCGACGUCCAGUCCGACGAGCAGCCCGACCUCCAGUCCGACCUCGUCCCCGACGCCCGGCCCGACGCCUUCGCCGACUGCGGCCCCGACGAGCAGCCCGACGAGCAGCCCGACCUCCAGUCCGACCGCGUCCCCGACGUCCAGUCCGACGAGCAGCCCGACCUCCAGUCCGACCUCGUCCCCGACGUCCAGUCCGACACCUUCGCCGACUGCGGCCCCGACGAGCAGCCCGACCUCUAGUCCAACCGCGUCCCCGGGCCCGACGUCAAGUCCGACGAGCAGCCCGACCUCCAGUCCGUCCUCGUCUUUCCCAGGGACGGUGGCGACGAGUUCGGCCGUUGGCGAUCCCCAUAUGAAGAAUGUAUACGGCGAGCGUUUUGAUUUGAUGGCGCCAGGCAACCAUGUUCUUAUCAACAUCCCUCGUGGAGAGCGCGCUGAAAAAGCAUUGCUUCGCGUGCAGGCCGAUGCACGCCGAUUGGGUAAACAGUGCACGGAUCUAUAUUUCCAAGAUUUGAACGUGACCGGAUCUUGGGCAGAGGCAGAACAAGUCGGAGGUUUUCAUUACAGCGCAUCGCAGAGCGAGGUUGAGGUUCCUAAGUGGGUUAUUUUUGGUAAGAUAGAGCUGAAGGUCGUUCGCGGGCAUACGGACGGCGGCACGUCGUACUUGAACGUGUACGUCAAGCAUUUAGGCCGAGCUGGGUUUGCUGUCGGAGGUCUUCUAGGCGAGGACGACCACAGCAACGCGAGCACGCCAGAGGCUGGGUGCGUGGAACUUGUGAAUCUACAGGAUCUGCAAACGCUUCGGACUGGCAGUGGCUACCGACCGGUCUCGACUGCAGAGGCAACAUACGCUUAAGCUUGUUUUCCAGCAGGUGUUCUUGUUGUUUCAGUUGCGCAGUAGUUUAUGAGCAGCGAGGCUGACUGACUUCGAUAUCAGGAACUGUCCAUCGCAGGACGCUUUUGCAAUCGAGGAAAAAAUCAGUAAGACCGUCCGUGCUUCGAAGCUGGUGGCCUCUCGAAGCCAGCCUGGGGAGCCCUUCCACCUUGGCCCGAGGUGGUCAUGGAGCUUAGGUCGGGCAUGUCCCCCUACAGCCGAU